UCACAUCACCUCAUCUCUUCAACAUGGACAACUAACUUUUUCGAUUCCAUUUUCGUCCAUAUUUUCUGUCAUCAUGAUCCAAGGCGUCACCGAGAUCGCCGCUGUGGCUGUGGGCCUCCUGGGACUCAUCGGCGCAGCGGCCACCACCGGCAUGCCCAUGUGGAAGGUGACGGCUUUCAUUGGCGAGAAUAUAAUCGUCAUGGAAACUCGCUGGGAAGGUCUUUGGAUGAACUGCUACCGUCAAGCCAACAUCAGGAUGCAAUGUAAAGUCUACGAUUCGUUACUGUUCUUACCACCGGAACUCCAAGCUGCCAGGGGACUUAUGUGUUGCUCCCUUGCGUUGUCAGGAUUGGGCCUUCUUGUCGCCUGCGCCGGAUUGAGAUGCAUCACUUGCUUCCAGGCCAACGAGCGAGUCAAAACGUUAAUUUUGAUGACAGCCGGCGCCAUGCAACUUGCAGCUAGCGUUUGCGUCUUCAUCCCUGUAUCUUGGACAGGUCACGUCAUCAUCCGCGACUUUUACAACCCUUUGCUGAUCGACGCCCAAAGGAGAGAACUCGGAGAGGCGCUCUACAUCGGCUGGGUCACCGGGGCGGUCUUGUUUGCGUCGGCCAUGUUGUUCCUGUGCCGGAAAUUCCCAUCGGAAAAGGGUUCGUUUGACAUUUACCAUCCCGUGAACUUGCUACGCUACAAGCAACAGCCAAAUCACGUUCCGAUGAUGAGGUAUGAUCCGCUUUCGACGGUGUCCAGCCUUUCUGCACCUCCGAAUUCUGCCUCGACUCGGACUUCCACGCACAGAUCGCCAAUCAACGCUCCGAUAGUUUAUAACCCAGGUUUGCCAGAUACCGCGGUGUUGCAGUACCAAGCGAACUUAGCGCACCAGUCUUCCAUGAGGAGUUCCAGCCAUCCGCACAGCAUGUACACACCGGGGAAUUCAUUAUACGCCAGCCACAACACGGUGCCGUUGACGUACACCACUCAGACCGGCAAUCCUUCCACAUCAUAUCAGUCCAGUUUCUACCCCGUUCCACAAACUCCGGUUUUCAUUGGUUAUAAUACUUCCAUAGUGCAUCGUCCGAGCGUGACUAGUUCUGGGAUGUAUAUUUGAGGGCCUUAAAGGACACAUAACACAAUUUUUUUCAUUUAUGUUGUUACUGGGCAUGGUACAAGAUCUUAUGCCACAAGAUUUCGCGAGAGAAAAUCGCAGACACAUGAGAAAAAUUUUCUCGUGAGAUUUUUACCCCAAGUGUUUACAUUUGGAUUGGGUGUUCGUUAGUUCCAUAUUUUAAAGUUACAAAAAGUGGUACUAGAAAGGAAACAAAAAUAUGAACUCAAAUAAAAAAAAUUGUGAGGCCAAAAUUGGAAACUGAAUGGGGAAAUUUGUAUAUUAGGAAUGUCUUGGCUCGUUCUCGUGGGCCCAGUCUCGUAUCUCGUCUCGUUUUGUGGAAAUCAUGUCUCGUCCCACCCCUCGUUGUUACCUGUUACAACCCAUGGCUCAAGCGCAAUGUACCACAGAGGGUUGUUCGGCGUCCUGUGGAGAGGAUGUAAUAAUGAUACACUCUUAAGAAACUAUUUGUUCAUUAUAAGUCAAGUCUCACUUCAAGCUUCAAGCCUGAAAGGACUCAUUAGAGACUUUGUGGACGGAAGGUUCUACGACUCUAUGCCCAGGACUGUGGAGUAAGGCGCAAUCAGGCAUGUCAUGAUUAUUUGGGGAUUCAACAUGGAUUUAAAAGCAAAAGAAAGAAUUCAGAAUCAGUUUUUAUAUCAAAAAGUAAACUAAAAUGUAAAGUGUUUUUCUAUCUAUUUGAUUAUGCUACUUCAUGAUUCAGAAGGUUUAAUUUCAAAACGCUGACCACACACUAGAGGAAUGGUGAUCGAUUAGACAAUGACUAUGAAAGAGAAUUAAAGAUUUCACAUUUGUUUGGUAGAGGUCACAAUAACUGUAAAUGAUUGUAAAAUUGUGAUGUUUCUUCUCACAAUAGUUGUAACCUGAAAUUUCCCCAUUAUGUUGCAAAUACUGUUUAUAUCCUCCUGUGACCCGAAGAAAAAAAGUGUAUUGCAAUAUAAAUAUUUUUUGUGAUUUUCUAUUUGGAUUAACCUUUUGUUAAUUUUAAUUUUAUGAGUUUUGUCUGUAAUGGACACCGGGGACAUUUUGGUGUUAAAUCCAUGUGAAGUUAACAACCUAACAAAACAACUCUGACCACCUUCUACAGUUUUUAAACUCAACUUCUAAUUUCUUUUCUAUUAUUUUUUUCUAUAGUGCAGCCACAAACUGGACAUGGACAAACUGGACAUUGUACCCUAUAAUCCUCCAGCCCUAUUUAGACAGAGGAAUCUAGUCCCCCUCAAAACAUUUAAAAGAUCGACUGGUAAACUCAGUGUCCACUAUAAAAGACACAAAUGAAUGGCCCGGGUCUCAGGAGGAUAUUGUAUUCCUAUUGUAUUCCAUAUUGCUCAAUAAUUAAAAAGAAUACACAUAAAUUAUACUUUUGAAAUCAGCCUAUAAGGUUUUUCUGGUUUAAAGGUGCACUAUGUCUUUGCUCUAUCAGGAAUGUUCUACAGCUACACAGUUCUACCUUACACUUCUUGGCUACAGG